GGAAAAAAAUACAUAUUCUCUAAGUGUUUAUCUUCUCCCUAUUCCUAACUCAUUUCUCUUAUAUACAAACACAAAUCUUUGACAUCUUUGUCAUCCUCAAAGAUCAUAAAUAUCCCCAAAUUUUGUUUAAUUUUUCUUGUCUUAAAACCUUAAAAAGCAAUUAAGAUGGGAUUAAGGAUGUCAGAAUCAGCUAAACCUUACUUUGCAAUGGUUUGCCUUCAGUUCGGAUACGCCGGUAUGAACCUGGUCACUAAAGCCGUCCUUGACCGUGGUAUGAGCCAUUACGUUCUUGUUUCAUAUCGCAACGCUUUUGCCACUGCCGCGAUUGCACCUUUUUCAUUUCUCUCCGAAAGGAAAGUGAGGUCAAAGAUAACGUUUCCAAUAUUCAUGCACAUAUUUGUUCUUGCUCUUCUUGGGCCUGUAAUUGAUCAAAAUCUAUAUUACAUCGGUCUGAAACUCACAUCUCCGACGUUUUCAUCGGCCGUCAGCAACAUCGUGCCGGCAAUUACCUUUAUCCUCGCCACUCUUUUCAGGAUGGAGAAAGUGGAGAUGAGAAAAGUAAGAUGUCAAGUGAAAGUGGUGGGGACUUUAGUAACAUUGGUUGGAUCCAUAUUGGUGAUAUUAUACAAAGGUCCUUUCAUCAAUUUCUCCCGAUCUCACCUCAGUACCACCACCUCUUUGCCGCUGGCCGGUAAUUAUCUUAAAGCCACCGCCUUUCUCCUUGUCGCCUCCCUCUCAUGGGCUUCGUUCUUCAUUCUUCAGGCAUCGACUUUGAAGAAAUACUCAGCCCAUCUCUCGUUAUCAACCAUGGUGUGUUUCAUGGGAACGUUACAAUCAUUAGCCCUAACCUUCGUAAUGGAACACAAUCCUUCUGCUUUGAGCAUAGGUCUUGACAUGAACCUUCUCGCUUCUGCCUACGCGGGAAUAAUGUCGUCCAGCAUCGCUUACUAUGUUCAAGGACUUAUGAUGCAACGAAAAGGGCCUGUCUUCGUCACUGCUUUUAACCCUCUUGUCGUUGUAAUUGUCUCCGUAAUGAGCUUGUUCGUUCUCGAGCAAGGAAUCUACCUUGGAGGGGUUCUUGGAGUUGUUGUUUUGACGGUAGGGGUCUAUGCUGUGUUAUGGGGAAAGCACGUAGACGAUAUCGGUGAGGAACUAUACCGUGAAGAUAACCCUGUUUUAGAAGCCGUUAAGCGUUGUAGUAGAAAUUAUGGUCUCACAAUAAUGCCGAAAAUCAAAGAAGCUGAUGAGGAUGUUGAAACCGGGAAAGUUCAGGCAGCUGAGAAGGAAUCAUCGUUGGCGGUUAUGGUUUUUUAUAGUGAAAAUGUGGAUAAUUGAUUCACGAUGCUAACUAGAUGGUUUUUGUUUGAGGCAAAAUUGGGGAAAAGAGUAACUUCUUUUUGAUACUUAGUUUAAAUUCCUUCCCCUCCUUCAAAAGAUCUAUUUAUAGUUUUGACUCUCUGGGGUAACCAAGGAUUAAUGAACCAUCCAUUUUGAUCAUUAAAUAAGCAUAUAUGUAAAUCACUGCAUUUGGUAUUCAUAUCCAACUGCUACAUACCAUUAUAUUGUAGAUUUAAUGAAAAUACAUAACAAAGAUUGUAUUUC